AUGUCGUCCCUCAAGCAAUUCAUUCGGAACGUGCGAGCGGCGAAGACGAUUGCGGAUGAACGGGCAGUGAUUCAGAAGGAAAGCGCUGCUAUUCGGGCUAGCUUUCGCGAAGAGAGCGCAGAUCACAACGUCCGGCGGAACAAUGUGGCGAAGCUGCUCUACCUCUUCACUCUCGGCGAGCGGACGCACUUUGGACAGAUCGAGUGCUUGAAGCUGCUGGCUUCACCGCAUUUUGCAGACAAGCGGUUAGGCCACCUUGCGACUAGCUUGCUGCUGGAUGAAAACCAAGAGGUGCUCACGCUUGUUACAAACUCGCUGAAAAAUGACCUGUCUCACUCGAACCAAUACAUUGUCGGCCUGGCGCUAUGCACGCUCGGAAACAUUGCGUCGGUGGAGAUGUCGCGAGACCUGUUUGCGGAGAUUGAGAACCUAGUGUCGACGUCGAACCCGUACAUACGACGAAAGGCGGCGCUGUGUGCGAUGCGAAUAUGCCGCAAGGUUCCCGACCUGCAGGAGCACUUUGUGGAGAAGGCGACACACCUGCUCUCGGACCGGAACCACGGCGUGCUGCUCUGUGGGCUGACGCUUGUGACCAGCCUGUGCGAAGCGGAUGAGGAGGAAGGCGGGGAGGAGGGAAUAGUCGAGCAGUUCCGACAGUUUGUGCCGUCUCUGGUGCGCACGCUCAAGGGACUUGCGUCGUCUGGAUAUGCGCCGGAGCACGAUGUGACGGGUAUCACGGAUCCGUUCUUGCAGGUCAAGCUGCUACGGCUACUCCGUGUUCUUGCGCGUGGCGACUCGAGGACGAGCGAGAUGAUCAACGACAUUCUGGCACAGGUGGCGACGAACACGGAGUCGUCGAAGAAUGUAGGCAACUCGAUUCUGUACGAGGCCGUGCGUACGAUCCUGGACAUUGAGGCGGACUCGGGGCUGCGCGUACUGGGCGUGAACAUCCUGGGCAAGUUCCUGUCAAACCGGGACAACAACAUCCGGUAUGUGGCCUUGAACACGCUGAUUAAGGUGGUGGCCAUCGAGCCGAAUGCGGUGCAGCGACACCGGAACACGAUCCUCGAUUGCCUGCGCGACCCGGACAUCAGCAUUCGGCGGCGUGCGCUGGAGCUCAGCUUCACGCUGAUCAACGAGAGCAACGUGCGGGUGCUGAUCCGCGAACUGCUCGCGUUCCUGGAGAGCGCGGACAACGAGUUCAAGCCGAACAUGACGAGCCAGAUCGGGAUUGCGGCGGACAAGUUUGCGCCCAACAAGCGCUGGCACGUGGACACGAUGCUGCGGGUGCUCUCGCUGGCGGGCAAUUACGUCAAGGAGCCGAUUCUGUCGUCGUUUAUUCGGCUGAUCGCGACGACGCCGGAUCUGCAGACGUAUGCGGUGCAGAAGCUGUACGCGAACCUGAAGAAGGAUAUCACGCAGGAAAGCCUGACGCAGGCGGCGUCGUGGUGCAUUGGCGAGUACGGCGAUGCGCUGCUGCGUGGUGGCCAGUACGAGGAAGAGGAGCUGGUGCAGGUGGUGAAGGAGGAGGACGUGCUCGAUUUGUUUUCGACCAUCCUGAACAGCAGCUAUGGCACGCAGGUGACCAAGGAGUAUAUCAUGACGGCUCUGAUCAAGCUGACGACACGGCUGUCGGACGCGGCGCAGAUCGAGCGAGCGCGACGAAUGUUGCAGGCCAACGAGACGAACCUGGACGUGGAGGUGCAGCAGCGAGCCGUCGAGUACACCAACCUCUUCGCGUACGACCAAAUACGGCGCGGCGUCCUGGAGAAGAUGCCGCCGCCACAGAUCCAAGAGUCGUCGCGGGUGCUCGGCGAGGCGGCAGCGACGAAGAAGUCCAAGGCGGGAAAUCGGCGGUCCAAGAUUGUGAAGCCAUCAGAACAGGAUCUGCUGCUGGAUCUGAUGGGCGACACGGCUCCAGCAAUUGUGGCACCGGUGAACGGUGGCGUCAACAAUGCGGACCUGCUUGCGGAUAUCCUCAGCGGCGGCUCUGCGACAUCGACUGCGCCAGCAGCUGGCGGUCCGCCGUCCAACGUGUCUGCCAUCCUGGACCUCUUUGGCACGACAUCACCGGCUGCAUCGGCAUCACCAUAUCCGGCUCCCACAGGCACGCCUGCCGGAACGAUCCCGGGCGACCUGUUCUCGGCUGCUGCGGCCCCUUCGCCGCCUAUACAGCCACCGACAGCACCGGCAGGCUUUCCAUGCUACAACGGCAACGGGCUCGACAUCACGAUCGCGACGCAGCGGAAUGCCGAGGGCGCGGUGCAGGCGACAGCCCGGUUCCGAAAUGUGGGCGGUGCAGCUGUUUCUGGCGUCGGUCUGCAGGCGGCCGUGCCCAAAUCGCAGAAGCUGCAGCUCCUGGCCAUCUCGUCGUCCGACGUGGCACCAGGCCAAGAGGCCAGCCAGCUGAUGCGGGUGAUCGGCGCAAAGGGGCCUCUCCGUCUGCGGCUGCGGAUUACGUACACACACCCAUCGGCUGGCCAGGUCCUGGAGCAGAUCAAUUGGACAGAGCCGUCUUGA